AUGGGUAUGCAAGCUCAACUCGCGCAGCUCAACGUUGCGCUCAACCCUGACGCCGUCCACGCACACCCUCCCGCCCCACCGCCAACACGCUACUUUGGCUACGGCAGCAACCUCUGGAUCCACCAGAUGGACACGCGCUGCCCGGGCAACACCCUCCUCGGAGUCGCCUUUCUUCGGGACUGGCGGUGGAUAAUCAACACCCGGGGUACGCCACGAUCGUGCCCUCCCCGGACUCCGUCGUGUACGCGCUGCUGUACACGCCACCGCCGCCGAGACGAGGCCGCGCUCGACCGCCACGAGGGCGUCCCGCGGUCGUACGUAAAGCAGACGCACCCCGUCACGCUCGUCGGCCCCGACGGGUCACACAGCACCACCCUCGACGCGCUCGUGUAUGUCGAUGUGCAGCGCACGCAAGAGGGCCCGCCGAAGCCCGAGUACGUACACCGGAUCAACAGCGGGAUCUGCGACGCGGUGCGGGCCGGCGUGCCGGAGGAGUAUGUGCGGGGAGUGUCUGCGGCCGUUUAUCCCGGAGGAACAAGAGAAAGCAUUGGGCAGGCCGGUGGAGGCGGGGCGUUGGCGGCGGCGUUGGGAAGGCUGGGGUGA